AAAGUAGACGUGAUUUGUUAAAAGAAAACUGUCAAUUGAAGUCGAAGCCAGGGAAGCUGUCGGAACGUGAGUGGCGGCGGCGCGCGUUGGUCUCAGAUUUUGAGCAAUGCAGCAGAACACACUGAGUUCCACCCUCAACCUUGGUGCUGGAGAUGGCGGUGGUGGUGGUGGUGGGGGUGAGAUGCAGGACCUGGAGGUAGCAUGUGGUCUUAUUGAUAAACACCUCAGCUAUGACUCAAGCUUUCCUUCACUCCUUGAACGUCUCAGAGUUGCCCCUCAAGGUUUUCCAACUGUGAGUGGCCUGAGUGAAAGUGACUACCCCAGCAGUGGUGAGGUACGCUCAGCCCGCCACCACCACACCACCCGCAAAGUUCCUCUGCCAUCUGAACUCAUGUACCACUUCCAGCAUAUGAAAUGUAACUGUAUGAUGGGACUGUUUCCUGAGAUUCACAGGGCCUGGCUGACCAUUGAUAGUGAUAUUUAUGUCUGGAUGUAUGAGGAUGGGAGUGACCUAGCAUACUUUGAUGGUCUCCAUGAAACAAUCUUAAGUGUAGGACUAGUAAAACCCAAAGCUGGUGUGUUCAAGCCAUAUAUAGAGCACCUUCUGGUUCUCACUACAACCUCAGAAAUUGUCCUCCUUGGAGUGUCAUUCUCCCAGCCCUCUGAUGCUGAAGUCAGCUCUGGUAUGCAUCUGCUGCCAGAACCCUUGUUCUCUGUACCUACUGAUGGCUCCUAUGUUCUCACCAUCCGGGGCACCGAAGAUGGACGCAUCUUCAUGGGGGCCAAGGAUGGCUGCCUGUAUGAGCUUGUGUAUCAGGCUGUGGAAGGCUGGUUCAGUCGCAAGUGCCAAAAGGUUAAUCACACAAGAUCAACAAUUUCUUACCUCCUUCCUUUCCUUGCGUUCUCGGAGGAUGAUCCCAUUAAUCAGGUGGAGGUGGAUGACAGCAGGCACAUUCUGUAUACCUUGAGUGACCGUGGCACAGUGACAGUGUAUUACCUUGGAGUUGAUGGGAAGAGCACCUCCCGAGUGGUGUCUGUCCCUCACAACAACAUCAUGAAUGCUGCUCUGCAGGUUGCCAAAACUGUUGACAAAACCAACUUCAAGAGUGUAGUGAGUCUGUGCCCUAUUGGUACUUCUGAAUCCCCUCACAUUCACUUGGUAGUUGUCACUGGCACAGGAGUCCGACUCUACUAUACAACAGGACAUCUGAAUGGUAAUCCCAGCCAGACACCGUAUCAGUUAACACUGCUUCAUGUACGUUUACCACCAGGGUUUGCUGCCAAUGCCACUGUGUACAGGCCCACCAAGGUCCACAAAGCUUUAUAUUCCCAUGGUAUGUGUAUUCUUUGUUCCAAUGAAAGUAAUGAAGCUGACACAGUUUGGACGAUGAAUAGUGACCAAUAUCCCUACCACCAUGUUCUGGCUGAGUCUCAGAGCACCCUUGCUGUGGAUGGCUAUGUGUGGGCAUUGGCUGAUGUUACACCCAAGCUAUGGUGUGCUGCUCUCAAUCCUCCAACAUCUCAGGGAACUCUGCCACCCCUCCUGGUUACUCAGCACCAGCAUGCUCCCAGACAGCUGGUGCUCCUCUCUGCCAAUGGUGCUCACAUAUUAACCUUCCAGCGGCCUGUAGAUAAACUGCGUUAUUUGUUGGAAGAGGCCAAUGGAGUAGAGGCAUCCAUAGUCAAAGAUUUCUUCACAGACAUGACACCAACGCAAGCAUGUACCACUGCCCUGAUUCUGGCUACAGAUCCCAACAUUCAAAAUACACAGGCAGCAGAGUGGGCCAUUCGUGCUUUGUUCCUCUAUGGUGCCAGUGUUGCCCCACCUGCACCAGCAUCCUUCCCCCCUCAGUCACCAGUCAAUUAUAGUUUCAACCCACCCCAGAUGUCAACUCCACUUCCUGGACAAAACAUCAGUUCAACAGUUCCUCAAGACACACAGUUUUCACCUUUGCAUAAUGCUCUGUACCUGUACCUGGCAAGAAUUCUGAGACCUGCAUGGUCAACACCAAUAGCCAAGGAUAUUGAAGUUGAGGGAAAGCCAGUGGUUGUAAGUUGUAUGACAGGAGAGGAGGUUGGUUUCUUGGCGUAUCAAGUUGAGCUGCUGUCCAACUUCUUGUUGACAAACCAAGGUGGUACAACUAAUCCUCUUCAGCCACUAAACAUAUCAAAUACCACCCUGAACCGAACCCUUGGUGAUGGAUCAGAGCGAGCUUCCCUGCUGGCAUUGAAACUUCUGCUUGAUCAGGCCAGAGAGGUGCUGCGGCUUGUUUCUGAACUCACAACACACAAUUUUACUGCCAUUGUAGGCGGUCUGCAGAAGAACCCGUUAUUACAGGAAGUGCGUGCUCAGCUCCGAACAGUAACACUGAGAGACUUGGUCUUGACUGGGCGGGACAUCUGCCGCAGCCUUAUCAUGGCACUGCUGGACAGAUACCAUGGAGAUAAUGCUUCCUCUGAUGCAAUUUCUGAGCGCCUAAGAGACAUUUGCCCAAACUUGUACCGCAUUGAAGAUGCCAAGCUAGCCAAAGCCAAUGAAAUAAUAUUGAGUUCCAAAGCAAAUCCAAACAAAAUAGAAAAAGAGAAGGGUUUCAAGGAAGCCGUUGCUUUGUGUAAACAGAUUGGCCACCAUGUGAACAUAACUGGCAUCUGCAGUCAGUUGGCUAGUGGAGGAGCUUAUGAAGGUGUAGUGGACCUUUGUCUGAGUGUGGCCUCUCAAAGAGACCCAACUGGCAGAGCCCUUCACUACUACAAAAACAAUGAACCAGCAGAAGACCAUCAGGGAUACAUGGCCUUCACUGCCAGGAUGGAAUGUUACCGAGUAUUGAUGGAUCAGCUAAACCAGCUAGUAGGGACAGGUGCAGCUCCACCAGCCUCUCCAAGUGUUCCCACACGACCAGGUCCACCCACGCCGCCACCCCAAACCCUCCCUUCCACAGAUGCCACACAGUAUGCCCAUCAGAUGAUAAACUUAAUAGUCGCAAGCACAGAUGAGCUGGCUCAUGUGACACUGUAUCAGUGGCUUGUGGACACCAAUCGUACUGAUCGACUGCUGUCCCUCUCCUCCUCGUAUCUGGAGACCUUCCUCACACGUUCCAAUGGACAAGCACCUCUCAAUCAUCUCCUCUGGCGUUACUAUGAAAAGAACAAGGAAUUUUAUAAAGCUGCCAAGACCUUACUCUUGCUUGCAGAACAAAGAGGAGACACCCCAGUUGGUGUACGUGUCGACUAUCUCUCCCGUGCUCACAUGUGCCUGAGCUCCUGUGAGAUGAACACAGCCUCUAACUAUGCUGACUUCAUGUUGCACUUGGAAGAAAAGAAGGAGGUGGCUAAAGUCCAGUUGAUGGUAUUGGACAGUCUUCAGUGUGAAGCAGCUGGUGCUGAUGUCUUUUCUGAGCUUAACUCUUCCCUUUUGGCUUUGACUGUCUUAUAUGAGAAGUUUGCUGAGCCAUGGGCAUUGUGGGAAUGUAAGCUGGCAAUUGUUCAUUGUGCUGGCCACUCAGAGCCUCAACUGGUACAGUCAAUAUGGACAAAGCUGAUUGACAAUGAGUUAGAGAAAGCAGCAUCAGUGGGAGUGGAGCUAAAAGUGGAUAGGUUAUCCAGCAAGUUGAAGUCAUUGGCUCGCAUUUACUCCUCCAACCCUAGUUACUUUCCUUUAGAACACAUUAUCAAGCACUGUGAAAUUAGAUCAGUCCAACUUCAAGCAGACACCUCCUGGGUUGUGACUUGUCUUCAAGGAUGUGGUAUUCCUGUCAGCAAGCUCAUCAAUAUUUAUCAUAAAUUGUAUCGUAGUGGGGAAAGUGUGUGGGAGGUGGAACAUUCACCACACCACCUGUUGAUGGUUCUGGCACACCUCAUCAACAUGCUGAUAGACACAUGUGCUUCUCUGCAGCCACAACAAAAGCGAGCACUACGAGAGCAGUGUUUGGACUAUGUUGCUGAGUACCUCACAGACCUGAGUGCCUCGGCUGACACGUCAGCUGGUAUCAUUAUGGCUCACCUUAAGUCAUGUCAGGCUAGACUGGAGCGUCUUGUAUGAUAGGUUUGCUUUCAUUAUUUUGUGUAUUUAAUUAUUGAAAAUUAAUGAGUUAUAUAGGGUGAAAAGCUGAAUUGAUCACUGCCAUACACUGAUGCCCCAAGGUGUGCUUUGCUUCUUGAAAUGCUGGUUUGAAUGAUUUUUGUCAAGAGAAUAUGUCUUGUGGUUCUGAAGUAGGAACUUUUUUAUUCCUUUUAUUUGAAUAAAUGGUUUUAAUGUAAUUUUAAGAAAAUGGGUACAUUAUAUAAAAGUGAAUGAAGUUGA